AGCACUGCUGCUGCAGUGCUGCCACAACCUGCUAUUCUGCUUGCCACCUCUAGAGAGAGCUAAUGUUCACCUUUGCAAGUGGUGAGAUCAUGAGCAAAUAUAUAUAUAUAUAUACACAAGUAAAAUAAAAAGAAAAAAAAUUACGUUUCAAACAUUUCAGUUUGGACACUAGUCAGGUCAAGUUAAUUCAGAAAAACUCCGGCAGUUGACAAAUAUUCUGCACAAUCGUGGAAGACGGAAUGUGAAACAUAAAAUAUAGUAUAGUAAAAUACAAUUAAAUUAAGUUUAAUUCAUUUGAAUUGCUAUGAUGUGAAUAAAAACAACUUAAGGACACCUAAAAGCCAUGAGAGAACACAAGGGUCCUCAGGUCCUCACUUCGACAGAAGGGCAACAAUCAAUGGAAAAAAGGUGGAUGAUUCCAAAGCUUCGGGUCAGCUACUGCAAACAUACGAUCACUUUUAUUACACCUUAACCUCGACCAGGGAACAGCCAUGGAGCAACUGAUAUAAGGAUUUGAGAGAUCAAGGAGUGAAUAUGGGGCAGAGAUCUUUUUGUUUUAAAAACAAAUAAAAGGACCUAAAACUCAAACCUGAACUUUACCAGUGAUGUAAAUACAGGUGGAGGAGGUGUUUCAGUUUUGGCGACAUUUCUUGGUUGUAAAUAACUUUUUAAAAUUGAUUUAAUGUGUUUGUCAAAUUUCAGAACCAGGUCAAAAAUAACACCAAGAUUUUUAACCUAAUGUAGCUGAGGUGCCAGGGGCCCUCAGUUAUUUUCUACAGGUGUUGAGAGAGGGACCAAACAGUAGCCCAGACUGGACAAACUAAACACCUUUUGAGUUUUUAUGACAACUGAAGGCUACCACAGGUUCUCUUUCAUGUUUGGAAGGGGAGGGUGAGGGCUAUUCAGCUGCAACAUGCAACUUCACCACCAGAUGUCACUAUAUUCUACACACUGAACCUUUAAAAGGUGGUCUGGUUCCGUGAUAAACAUAUUCUCUCUAUAUUUGGUAAAAUUAUCAAGAUUAUUGUGCAGUAACAGUUACCUAUGUGUGACAGUGGCGUCCACAUUGUAGCAGUUACUCUGUGUCAGAAGGACCGCUGUGUUACAUUAGACCAGAUAAGUUAUUGAUCUGCGUCUCUCACUCUGCUGCUGCAGAAAGUCCAGCAGCCUCCAGGGAUUGUGCUGCACGUGUGCGCUCUUUGUCCUUUCUGCGUCCUCACAUCUCUUCCUUUCACCCUCACCCUCCUUCACUCCUCUUUCAUCUCUCCUCACCUCCAUUUAUAUACUCCCCUUAUUUCAUUUCGCCGUGCAUUCUUUCCCUCCCUGCCCUUCAGAUCCCCCCCCAACCUCCUUCUGUCUUUCUCUGUGCAUCCCUCCGUCUCCUCUCUUUACGUCCAUAGGUUCAGCUUGUGUCUCUCCCGGUGCCCUCGCUGAGCUUUCUGUCGUGCAGUUAAAAGCCACGGGGGGAAUGAGUGGGGCUCACAGAGUGCAAGAGUUAGAACCCUCCAGGGGUGGAGUUGCUCUGGUGGUUUCACUGGAUGGUGUGAACUGGCUUCACAGAAAGAGAUGCAGAGACAAAGGAAGGACGAAACGGAAUAAAGACCUCCAGUUCUGGAUAUCUUCAGGUCAGGUGGCGCUGGUUGAUGAGAAGCGGCAGCCGACCACGUGUAUCCCCGACCAACGAGGAAGAGCAGCCCUUGACUUGUGGAGGAACAUUGAAAGCAGAUCAAGGCCAUGGUCAUCAUCCUUCCCUCUCUCUCCUCAGCGCUGUUGUCUUCUAGAGGACCCUCUCCAGCACUCAGCAUUAACUUCUUCUGUCUCAGAGUGUCCAAAGGAGGCUUCAUGGAAAACACUCAUCUUAAAUAUUCGGGACAUUUUCACUUCGAUCACAAGGAAUGUAAAUUUAACAACCCAGCCUCAUGUUCUUACAAUGAAUAACCCAAAUAGGUUGAUCAUUAUCUGUGAUGAGGACAUACCCCUCCAGCUUUAUAAUGACAUAAGCAGCACUCAAGAUUGCAGGACAAUUAUAGGAACUACUGGUUGUGGUGAUAACAAAAAUGUGUCAAGUCAUUUAAAAAAUGCCCAUUUGCCCUCUGAUCUCAACAAUAACUCAGAAGAGGAUCACAGUGAAGUGUUUCAUGGGGAGAAUCUUAAUAUACGCACCCGUAAAAGUCUUUUAAAAUCCUAUCAAAACUACAAGCGUCCAGGAGAGUCAUCCGAAAGGGACAGGAAACUGAGGAGGAGUGUGUCCUUUGAUGAUGACGUCACGGUCUUCCUGUUUGAUCAGGAGGGUCCCACCAUGGAGCUGCACCCUGAGCCCUGCACAUCUCUGCCAAACACCAGUACCUUCAACCUGCCAGAUGUCACAUUAGACGACUGCGGCUUGGAGUGGGAAGACGACUUCUCAGCUCUGGAGUGGAGCUGGCACCUCCAGCGCGUCAGUCGCUCUCUGCACUCCACCCUUUCCCUGUCAACACCGAGCUGGACUGCUGCGUCCAGGCCGGAGCGUUACCUCCCGUCUCAAACCUGCCUCUUCCUCACCCAUGUCGCUGAGUCAGACCUCGAGCUGUGAGAUAAACAGCCGACGGCCAGCCUUGGUCUAAUGGAAAAACUGACUAAUCGUCCAGAUCUACGUCCUCUUCACCUCUUCCGACUCAUCUACCCCCACCUCCCUCCUCUUUUACGAUGAGUCAGGGAUUGUAAUGGCUUUUUUCCUCUUUUUUUCCUCUUUCAUUCUCUCUCUCUCGGCCCCAAAUGGAUUCAAAGCACCUGCUGUUCAUGACAUCACAGCGCUGCAGGACUGUGUGACAGUGCAUUCAGCUUGAACAGUUGACACAACCACUGGCUUGAUGAUGUGAAAAAAACAGCGGGUUGCAUAACAGCGCUGGUACCUUUCCAGCUGCAGACCUCUUUGGAAGCUGCUUUUUAUGCCAGGUUGCGUCCUUGGACCUGAGCGGUGAAACAGAGACAUCUAUAAUGUCACUUCCAACUUUUAAUGAGUCAUAGUUUUAACGUGUCUGAAACCCAAUUCUACGUUUAAAUGGGUUGGAUUCUAGAAAUUCCCGGUUUAUCUUGUUGGGAUGUUGUUUCUACAGUUUGUUUUGCUCAAACAGAGCAUGCGUGUGGAGGCCCUGUUUGCCUGCCUCAUUACUGAAGUGUAUUCAGCCCAGAAUUUAUCAGAGGCUGUGGCUGAAUAAACAGUGUGAGCCUUAGGGGCCAAAGGAGGCAGAAACUGAACAAACUCAAAGUAAAAGAUAAUGUUUCCACAGAGUGCCGGCAUCAGCGGGGUUUGGUUGAUUAGAUACAGUGUACCUGAGGAGCAGGGGAAAGCUGGCAGGACCAGUCUUCACAAACACACACACACACAAACGCACACACUCACACUCACACUCACACACACAAAGCUCAAGGACACAUAAGCUAAAAGUGUUUAUUUUCUCAGAGCUGGGAGAAACACACGUGUAAAGUGUUAUUGUUGUUAAACCUACAUGAUAUUUUAACAUCACUGUCAAUGUAAAGGCCAAAUGACUCUGGUGUUCUUCAUGUGACUCCAUUCAAUAAAAGCUUUUAACUUUG